AUUUGAACUAAUUACCUAUUUAGAUAUACAUAGAUACAUAAUUGUUAUCAGACACAAGAUAUAUGAAUGAAUGCUACUUGUAAAACCAAACCAUGUUUUUGAUAACCAGGGUUCUUAUAUUUGCAUGAAAAGUAAACUUAACCUGUCAUGGAUAUUAUGAUAAGCCUUAGAAUUGAUAGAUUUAUCUGAUAAGCUCUGUUUUUACAUGUUAACCUUGAUUGUGCAAAAUCUGUGAUUAUGAAUUUUCUAAAAUGCUGUUAAAUCACAGAAUUUAUUGUUUUAAAUACUUUUUGAUAGGUUCUAUGUGCGUUAACCCCCUGCAAAAUUGUAAUCCACCAAACAGAAAUAGUUUAUCAACUGCCGUUGUCCAAUUAUUUACAACUGAGGGCCCCGCACAUUCGGAAUGGAAGAAGAAGGACACGGGUAUAUUAUGUCUCAUAAAAGACAAUGGAAAACGAUCAUACUUCUUUAGAAUAUACUGUCUGUACCGCAAGGCCAUGAUAUGGGAACAUGAGGUCUACAUCCAGAUAGAAUACAAAUGUCCAAGGUCUUAUCUCCAUACAUUUGAAGCUGAGGAAUACAUGACGGCAUUUAAUUUCGCUAACGAAGAUGAAGCAAGGUCACUUAGGAAUAUCUUAAUCGAAAAAAUUGAAUUCCGAAAACAAAGACGAGAAGAGCGUAGAAGAAGAUCGGAGGGCUCGACGGGCGCGACCACGGCCGCGGUGGCCCCCAGCAGCAAGUACAACCACGUGGGCCACAGCAAUGGCCGCGAGAACGGCGUGGUGGCCGCGCCGCCGCCGCCGCCGCCCGCGCCCGCGCCGCUGCCCAAGACAUCCCUAGCUGGCAGCUACAACACGCUGAAGAGCUCGAGCAAGAAGCCGAAGACGCGCAAGCUCACGAAGGCCGACAUCGGCGCGCCGCUCGACUUCAAGCACGUGUCGCACGUCGGCUGGGACGCUAAUAAAGGCUUCGACGUGGACGUGGACAACCUCAAAGAGGAGGAGAUGCGCAAGUUCUUCUCCAAGGCCGGCAUCUCGGAGAGCCAGCUGCGCGACCAGGCCACGAGGGACUUCAUAUACGACUUCAUCAACGCACACGGUGGCUUAGAUGCGGUGAAGCAAGAGAUCGAGCCCGCUGCGAAAGGUGGGUCAGGCCGGCUGCCCGCGCCGCCGUCAGUGCCGGCGCCGCCGUCGCUGCCCGCGCCCGCGCCGCCCGUGCCCUCGCGCAGCCCCGCGCCCGCCGCGCCCGCGCCGCCCGUGCCUCCUGGACCACGUACGUAUCACUAACCUGUUCCUGUAUUA